CCAACCCCUUCAACCCUUUACAGCCCCUCCAAGGGGGUUUAUAAAGAAGCCCCUUGGAACCAAUAAGGAUUUCUUUCUCAUCAACAAUGUUGUCUCAUGGAAAUGAGCCUCUGUCAACAAAGUCAACUACUUCAUUAGCAGCAUUAAGACGGCAAUGGAUCAAUACAGCUCGGUCUUUCAGAAAUAAAUAUAUGCAACUUGGUGAAGGCUUCGUAGGAAGAUACCCUUUUUCUUGUUUUUUAUUGAGUUGCUACGUUGUCUUUUCCUUGUGCCUGACAGCAACUCAUCUUACUGCUUGGUAUAUGCAGCCUAGUGCACAGUCUACAGCAAGCGUACUUGUACCUCACAGAACAUACGAUGCUGCCCAGGAUUACUCGAUGAUUGACACACUAUCACACGGGCUUCGGAUGUCUAAACUACUACCUCUAUCCCAUUACGAAACUACUCGUAACACAGAACCAUAUUGGCUUAAAGGACAGGCGCCCAACACUGACCUUACUCUUACAACUGGUCUUAAAAUUUCAGACUGGCCUGCCUUUCGACGUCUAGCAGAAAGAUGGUCAGGUCCGAUAUCAGCUACUUUGAUGGUAUCUAAGGAAGAGCGAAGUAUAAGUGGUGAGCUGGCAUCAAUUGUGGAGGAGCACAGGAAAAGACCGGAUCUAUUCGGACAGGUGGACAUCCACCUUUUGGAGGUCCCGGAGAAGGCGGCGGGAAUUGCGGCUAUGCUAAUUCCAAGGAAUGGUGAACGCAACGUGGCAAGGUUGUAUGCCCGCACUGGAUAUGUGUGUGACAUGCCUAUUGGUGUUUUACCCAGCCCACACCUUCAGACAACCUGGAAGGCAAACCACACUGGCUACCAAGCACUACUUGAUGAUGGCCACAUGCUUGUAUUGCCCAUGUUUACAUCACCAGCUCUUCCGGCGACAAAACUUGAGAUUCUGGAAGAGAUAUCUAAAAAUAAAAUUACACCUGUGGAUCCCAUCGAUCUUCGUCAAUGGCAAACCACGGACAGCAUUUAUCUUGUUAAGCACUAUGACCCGAGCUAUUCUCCGAUUGCUAUACAAAGCAAAACAGCUGUUCCAUGGUGCCCUGAGAGAUUCAUGGAUCAGAGAUCUGCAUGUUUUUUUGAUAUUUAUCUAGCCGGCGGAGAGUUUUAUGGAAUGGGUAGUGAAUAUGCAUUAACUGUGUCUGAACCAGAAACUAUAGGUCAUGUUAACCAUGUCAUUGAGACAAGGAUGUAUGCAAAGUAUUUUUGGGAGCAAUGCGUUCACCAUGCCCGCCAAUUAGAUGCUCUUGGGCUGUGGAAGAGUCCGCGAUCAUCUCACGUUAGAGGACAGUGUUCACGGGUGAUUCUCAACUGGGGUCGAGGACUAAUAGGAAAGCCUCAUUGAAAUAAAAUGUUACUAUAGAAUGUAUGUAAUACACGAAGCUACGGAUAUUACAGGGAUGUUGCCGAAGUGAACAAAUUUGAUUCUAUACAUGUAGAGAAGAAUAAAAAAGAAAAACUGGCUCUGGAUUGGUUUCCCUAGCAUGUACAUAUUCAAACACAGAUAAUAUUAAUAAAUAAAGAAAGAUUGGGGCAAUGC